AUGAACAUCACCAAUGAAAUACCAUUGGAAGGACAGAGAAAGCUGGAGUUGUCUAAAGCAGAAAAUCCAAACAGACUGGGGUUUAUAAUAGACAGAGUUAAAGAUGCGCCUUUAGGAGAUGGAACACUGCGUCUAACGGGAUAUCACAUGAAGACAGGAAAAGUUAUUCCCACUGAGCAGAUGGGAAUGAAUUUUAUCAUUUCUGCUGUGAGCUCCAACAUCAGGCAUGGACACUUCAUUUUUGGAGAGCAGGAGGUGAUUUUUAGUGGAGUGACUCCUGAAGAAGACAUGCUCCUUAUGCUGCGUUUCUAUCACUGGCCGGGGGGGAGCACCGCCUGGGCUCCCUGGGAAGCUAGUAGGGCCUUUAAGCCAUUGCCACCCAGUGAAGAAUGGGCAGCAGCUUGGGCUAUUCUGAGGCUUACUAGGACAGCUUCAACAGAAAUAAAAGAUCAUGGAGGCACUAAAAAUGGCACGUUUGUGUGGAACACGGGGACCCACGAACUUACUCUUUACCACUGUCCUGCACCUCCAGUCAUGCAACUGUCAUCAAUACUGCCAGAGCGUUACAAUGAGACAUUUGAACAAUAUGGCAGUUCAUCUGUGCGGCUGUGCUUAUUCAGUAUAUCACGACCAGACCAGGUAUUUCCACCAGAGGCUCCCACGACUGAUCAACAUAUCCAAGAUAUUCCCAGGCAUGUGUACAUUCCCAUCUCUCGAAGGACGGCAGUUUCUAAACCAUUCACUUCUGCUGACGACAUUGUCCUGUACAUCGAUGGCGCGCGUUUCCUCCCUGACGCCGUUACAGUCACUUGUGUCACAGGAAGAAUAUUUGACAGGAACUAUGAACAGUUUGGACCAGAUAUCUCCACAGGAGUAGAUGUAAACAGUGACAUAUUCCAGCCAUUCUAUAACUUCUCAUUACAGAUCCACUCAUCAAACAUACCACCUACAGCUACUCUCUUACUGAAGGUAUACACUAUUGACAGAUUUACACAAGAACUGACACUUAUAGGCUGGGCAGCACUCAAUUUGUUUGUAGAGUCUGGAACCCAGAGAGCACCCGUCUCAGACUCACAUGAUGUCAAGGUAUCUUUAAAUGAAGGUGCUCAUCAAAUCCGCUUGUAUAGCAAAGCCCCUCCUACUGAUCAAUCAUUUUCAGUGGAAUCCGUGACCUCAUCAGGACGGAUUGUGCCUUGUGCCACUUUGCUGAUACGUGUAAUGAAAGUUUCCAAGACAAGUCAACACCUGCAGAAUAAGAAAAAUUCCCAGUCGGUCCAGGAAUGUCCUCAAUAUGAGCAAGGGGUGUAUAUUUCAGACUCUGCACAACCUACACCAGGAGAGAUGCAACUCUACAGAGCAAUGAUGAACAGGUCUGUGGUAUUGGGAAGAGAUGUGAUCCCUCUUGUAGCUGGCACUUCUGAGCAUGAACUAAACUCAGACAAGCAACUUUCCGCUUGGGUCCAGAGGACAUUUUCUGAAUUGAAAAAUAAAACCCCCCAACCAUUCCAGCUCUGCUGUGUCUCUCGCUACCUUGUAUCUUCAGGAUUAAUGGUUUCAGCCGACAGAGCCAAUAAUUUAGCUUGGUCCGGAUUCAGUCUUGCUCAUAUUUGCCUCAACCCUCCUGCGGCAAUUUAUUUUGGGCAGCCUUGGGAAAGGUUCGACCGUGCAGUCCCUGUGGAUGACAUUGAUCUCAACAGUGAUCAGAAAUGCCCAAUGUGGCAGGAUGGAUUUAAGAGCUUUCCAGAAAGGGUAUACCACGAGUAUUUAACCGUUAUAUUCCAACUACACGAAGUUUUGCUGGGCAAAAAAGGUAAAAAUAAACAGACUGAUAACUCCCAGCAAGAUUACCAUUCAGCAGAAAAAGGUCCACAUGAAUUAUUGCGGGGGGCACAGGCAUGGACGGCUUUACAAGUAUUUUACAAACAAUACUGUAACUUUGGCAUCUACCAACUGCCCUUGUACUCUGGAGUUCCUAGUAAGGCGGUGUUAUCGGCGUUGGCGUCAAAUGAUUGUAAAGCGACACUGAAGGAUCUUGUAAAAGCAAACACUAUCCAGUUUUUGCCUGGUGCUUCUCUGACUGUUCGAAUAGCAGAUGGAAGGCGGCAUAGAGAGUUGAUGGAAUAUAAUCUCCAUGAAAUUAAUCAGAUGUACCUACCCCCAAAGGCUAUAAACUCGUACACCAAAGAGCUACAUGGUGGAAAAUUAUCAGAGUUUAUACCUGAUGGAGAAAAAGAGGAUUUUAAGAAGCAUCUGGCAAACUGGUUCAGAAAGCAUCUCAGAUCAGAUCUAGAACUUAACCUUCAUAAAACCAACAUGGAAGAGAACACAAGGCAGCGCACUCAAGAUACAGUUUGAUGUCUGCUAGCAAAACCUUCACCAACAGUUUGUUAGAAAACUACUGGAGAGGAAAUCUUUGCCAAAGAGGAGCACACUUAGUCAGGUUGCCAACUAUUCUGGAAGGAUGGAAGUGCAAGAGAUUCGAUUAAGGAUGUGUAGCAACACUUCCUCAGCAAAAUCAAAAAUUUUCACUGGAAAGGUUUUGAAAUCUGACAUGGGCUAGACAUGUUUUUUGCUUCCUAGGUGCCCCCCCUGUCAUGUGACUUAUGCUGCUAAACUUUAGUCAUUCUUUACUGUGGAGCAAUAUCCCCUACCAGCAGCCCAUGAGCAGAACAAUGGGAAUGCAUCAUGAAGCACGACCAGUCAAAAUGACCAGAGAUGGCUGCCCACACCAAUAUUGUUAUUUACGCACACUCAGGAAUAAAGGAUAAAAAAAAAAAAAAAAACACAAAUGCUUUAAACCAGCUUCAUUUAUAGUUUGAUAACCUUCCAUUAACCCACUCAUAAGUCUUCCAGCCACAAUCUCUCAGGGAUGCGUAGCAGUAUACCUCUGCAUGGACAAUACUAGCAGUAACCUGCAGCAUAAGACUAUCCACCUAAACAACAAAUCUGGGACAUAAGAUAUUUCUUGUGACAAUAUAUUAGAUCUUGUAUAAUUAGUCUCAGCCAGUUUUCAGUUCUGGAAAGCCAGACAUUUCAAAUAUGGCAGAGCCAAAGACCUGACUGCCAUUCAAUAAGACCAUGACCCCGAUGAGGGUUUAGUUAAGAUAUCAGCACCAUCUAUUUUUACACUCAAAACAAAUGCAACCAGCUUUAAAUUCAGCUUUAAUCUUUAUUAGUUUUACAAAAAGACAAUCCCAACAAAGUGGGGAGAACAACCCACCCCACACACAUUUAUAUACAAAAAGUGUUAUGUUUCCGAGAGUCAUGCAGUAGAUUCUACAGUAGCAGUCUCCAUGGAAACCUGGAAAGGAAUUGAGAGGUCUUAGACAACCUAUAGAAAGUCUUCAAAACACACAAAUUACAAACAGGUUAAAAAGUGUAAACAAAUGACACUGGGAAGCAGAAAAGGCAAAAUUUUGCUACCAGAGUUAAAGCCAUGAAUAGGAGCACAAUGUGCCUUUAGGAGCCACACAUUUAGCCUGCGAUAUCCUACCUCUUCAGCCUUCUCUACCUCUUCAUUUGUUGGUACUACUGCAUCUCCAUUCCCUGCUCCAUUUGCAACUGGUUCCUGCUUAGGUUUCUUUGCAUCUUUGUCUUUAAGGGGACUCUCCUCUCCAGGUUUCCUCUGAAGGGACACCCCAGAUUUUAAUUCAGUAUGUCAGGUUUGUUUAACAGAUUUCCAACUAGUUAGUUUAAAAUAGCUUACAACACUAACUACAGCUACUGGAGUAACCAAAAAGGUGAGAGGAGUACCUUUUUUCGGAUAAGGUGAGAAAUGUCUGAUACACAAUUUGUGACUGGUACAGUACUGUCACCACUUUUCUCUACAGCAGUCUGCAAAAGAAUAAGUUGAUAGAAUGAGUCCUUCUGCUGAUUUGUAAUAUAAAAACAAAAAUCUAGCCCAUUCCCCAAUACGUUCUUACAGAAGAUGAAGUACUUACAUUUUCUUGGGAGAAGCCAGAAGAUCCUCCAACCUAAGGAAAUAAAACUUGUGUUCAGAAGUGAUUUAAUAGGUUAAACAGCAAGUAAUGACAAGUAGCAGGAACAAACAGGCAAAAAAUGGUCACUUCAUGGCAGUUUGUGAACUCCUUUAAAAUGUAAGUGGAUAGCCAUCCACAGAUCAUUGAAAGUUAAACAAAAUAUUUAGCAUGUAAUUUGUAUUACUUGAAGGUUAAAUUAUAACAUUAUUGGAAGGAGGUUUAAUUCAUGCCAUCUGUGAGUUGUUUUUUUUUAAGAAAAGAAUCUUACCAUUUAGCUGGACAUUUUAGAAUAGUUUUGAAUUCUUUCCCUUAACUCUGCCUUAUUUCAGCAUACUUAGGCUGCAGUUUUAGGAUUGCUCCUAUUAAUCUUCCAAUCGUGUCUAUACUAAGUACAUUGGACCUCAGCACCUUUUUACCUGUACUAGACAGCCUGUUUUUUCAAAAUGAGGACUCGAGAAUGAUGCAAUAAUCACUUCUGAUCCCCCUGAUGUUACAAGACUACACACAGUGAAUUACCCCUUUAAGGUUUAGGGCCAUUUAGCAGUCAACAGAAGGAGUCUAAAGAAACACUGAAACUACAACAUAGAUCAAUAUUAAGGCAAUGUUGCUUGUUUUAUAUAUUUCUUAUUUGGAUGUUACUAAACCUGAUUGUGAGAUUCUUGACAGGUUGCAAAGGAACCGUAUGGUUUGUAACAAACUACUGCUGCACAAAUAUGGCAGCCCUCAAAGGAACAUGAGGGAUCAGAAAAUAUGUAACAGCAUCAAGCACAUACUUAUGG